UCCUGGUGGCUGCACAGACAAAAAACCCCGAAUGGCAGGAGAGCUUUCAACUGUUACCAGCCUUUUUGGGCAGAGCACGGAUUUGACAACUCCACAACGUGGAUAUCCGCUGACCCGGAGAGACGAAGGAGAAAACUUCCCCGAGGUUCCCUGUCCAGCAAAGCCAACGCUGUAAGGCUGGAACUUCUCAACUUUGUUGUUUCAAUCUCUGGCCAGAAGACUGCCCCUUCGUGUAGAAGUAGAGAAUUGAGAUCGGUUGUCCAAAUGUCACCCAGGCGUGUGUUUUCAUGACGAUUCUAUUUCUCUGAUUUUAUUCGUGCAUUUCUCAUUUUAAAAACACAAAGUGUUUUCGGGGCAUGCUGAAAGGUAACUGAAGACUGCAAAGGAAAAACUCCGAUUGUCAUGGCUGAAGGAGAGAAUGAAGUGAGGUGGGAUGGAUUGUGCAGCAGAGAUUCAACUUCUAGAGAGACAGCACUGGAAAACAUUAGGCAAAUCAUUUUGAGAAAAGCCGAGUAUCUUCGUUCGGUGAGAGAGACACCUUAUCGUCCAUCAGACGGACUUUCGAAUGCUGUUUCUUUGGAUGGGUUGAAUAAGCUUCUUGCUCAUCUGCUUAUGCUUUCUAAGAGGUGUCCCUUUAAAGACGUAAGAGAGAAAAGUGAAUUUAUUCUGAAGAGCGUCCAGGAACUUGGAAUUAGAAUUCCUCAACCACUAGGACAGGGACCAAGCAGAUUCAUCCCAGAAAAAGAGAUUCUCCAAGUGGGGAGUGAAGACGCACAGAUGCAUGCUUUAUUUGCAGAUUCUUUUGCUGCUUUGGGUCGUUUGGAUAACAUUACAUUAGUGAUGGUUUUCCACCCACAAUAUUUAGAAAGUUUCUUAAAAACUCAACACUAUCUACUGCAAAUGGAUGGGCCGUUACCCCUACAUUAUCGGCAUUACAUUGGAAUAAUGGCUGCAGCAAGACAUCAGUGCUCCUACUUAGUAAACCUACAUGUAAAUGAUUUCCUUCAUGUUGGUGGGGACCCAAAGUGGCUCAAUGGUUUGGAGAAUGCUCCUCAAAAACUACAGAAUUUAGGAGAACUCAACAAGGUGUUAGCCCAUAGACCUUGGCUUAUUACCAAAGAACACAUUGAGGGACUUUUAAAAGCUGAAGAGCACAGCUGGUCCCUUGCGGAAUUGGUACAUGCAGUAGUUCUACUCACACACUAUCAUUCUCUUGCCUCAUUCACAUUUGGCUGUGGAAUCAGUCCAGAAAUUCAUUGUGAUGGUGGCCACACGUUCAGACCUCCUUCUGUUAGUAACUACUGCAUCUGUGACAUUACAAAUGGCAAUCAUGGUAUGGAUGAGAUGCAGGUCAACUCAGCGGGAAACAUUUCAGUGAGUGAUUCCUUCUUUGAGGUAGAAGCACUCAUGGAAAAGAUGAAAAAGUUGCAGGAAUGUCGAGAUGAAGAAGAGGCAAGUCAGGAAGAGAUGGCUUCACGUUUUGAAAUAGAAAAAAGGGAGAGUAUGUUUGUCUUCUCUUCAGAUGAUGAAGAAGUUACACCAGCAAGAGAUGUAUCUCGUCACUUUGAGGACACUAGUUAUGGCUAUAAGGAUUUCUCUAGACAUGGGAUGCAUGUUCCAACAUUUCGCGUCCAGGAUUAUUGCUGGGAAGACCAUGGUUAUUCUUUGGUAAAUCGCCUUUAUCCAGAUGUGGGACAGUUGAUUGAUGAAAAAUUUCACAUUGCUUACAAUCUUACUUAUAAUACAAUGGCAAUGCACAAAGAUGUUGAUACCUCAAUGCUUAGACGGGCUAUUUGGAACUAUAUUCACUGCAUGUUUGGAAUAAGAUACGAUGACUAUGACUAUGGUGAAAUUAACCAGCUAUUGGAUCGUAGCUUUAAAGUUUAUAUCAAAACUGUUGUUUGCACCCCUGAAAAGGUUACCAAAAGAAUGUAUGAUAGCUUCUGGAGGCAGUUCAAGCACUCUGAGAAGGUUCAUGUUAAUCUGCUUCUUAUAGAAGCUAGGAUGCAAGCAGAACUCCUUUAUGCUCUGAGAGCCAUUACCCGCUAUAUGACCUGAUGCCUUUCCUCCAUUAAAGAUGAUUCUGGAAUGAUCAGCAGAUAUAGUCUACUCGGGGAAGGUACUAAGCCCCAGGACCAACAGUAGAUAAAAGAAUUCAGAAAUCCAUUGUGCCAUGAUUCCUUCAGUUUCUGCUCUUUUACUGUGGAAAUACCACUGCUGGCACGAGCAGUGAAUGCUUGGCAGCUUCAAGCUUAGAGCUGUGAAAAAGGGCUGCCGUUCACAGUAUUUUGCUUUUUGACUGUACAAGAUGCUGUAUAACUGUUUUAAUACAGCAAAUAGUAACUCUCCAAAUCCUGUUGCUUUUAUGUUAAAUGAGAUAACAAGAAUUGGAGCAUGCAAAGAAUGGGACUUGGAUGAUGACUUAAGCUUUAUACAUAAAGAAUUUUAAAAGAUUUUGGUGCUGCUAAUCCUGCUGGUGGAUGAAUAGAUGGCUGUUCCAGUUAAGCUAUUAGUAAUAAAAGUGAACACUGCUACUAUCUGAGCCUACAUACUUAAUUUGUGUGGUUUCAAAUUAAACUUGCAUAUUUGUUAAUUUUUUUUGCAUCUAAAAAAAGCAUAGAAUUAUUACUCACAGCUAAGCAAAGACUUUUUAUGGUAACAGUUCAUUUCUUUCAUUAUAGUUUUUUAAAAUUCAGAGUUAUUGGAUGAUAUUAAAUUACAGUGGCGUUCUUAAAGAUUUUCUUCAAAAAGCAAUCUUAAAUGAAAGUGUAAAUUGUAAGAAAAGCUGGCUAUCUUUUGACAUACUGUUUCACAAGAUUCUCUGACACUGGAGGGCAGCUGUCUUGUGCAGUAUUUUUGUUUCCAGCACCAAAGUUGUGGGGAAUGUUGCUAUAGAUUACUACGCAGUCCCAGUUGCAUUCUGUCCCUCCGCUCCUGCCUGCCUCAUGGUCCCCACUUUAAAGGUUGUGCAGCUCCCAAAAUAACAAAGCUGGAAAAUAUUUUUAGUCAGGUUAUCAAAAUUUGAUUCACAAAAAUGCUAACUUUGAAAUGAAACAGGUGUGGAAAAAUGUAUUAAGUACAUUGUAUUCUGGAAGCGUGAAUUGCUUUUGAAGUCUGUCAGUAUUAUUGGUAUUUUUCAAUAAAGAAUAAUUUUUCUCCAAUUGUA